CUCACAUACACUCCUCCUCCUCCUCUUCUCUAUCAGCUGAUGCCUGAAAAUGCCACUGCUGGCCAGGAAGUGUUCAAGAAAAUAAAAACGAAAGCACCCAGAGGAUUUAAGUCAACAUGCGCUAAUGCUUCGGAUACUCUCGGACGUUGGUUAGGUGACGUGAUCUGCUGUCUGGCAGGUUAAAUAUGGAAGAGGAGAAGAUGGCGCAUCAAGGCAGCGGACAGGCCUGGGGAAAACUGGUGAAAGUCGACGCAUCUCCGGGUUCAGAGAUAUUACUUAUAAACAGAGAAUGCAUGGUGGGGAGAAAAAAAGAUUGUGACCUCGCAUUCCCGGCUAAUAAACUGGUCUCAGGUAAUCAUUGCAAAAUCACUCAAGAUCAGAACUCAGGAAAGGUGUGGCUGGAGGACAUGAGCACCAAUGGAACAGUGAUCAACAUGUCCAAAGUGGUGAAGAAACAGAUGCACUUACUGCAGAAUGGUGAUGUCAUUCACUUUGUGUACAGAAAGAAUGAGCCAGAGCAAAACAUUGCUUACGUUUAUCAGGCCAUCAGGCCACAGGAAAGUGACUCACAGGACGUUGAAGAUGCUCGAAGAGAAGAAGAUUCAGAUCUGACAGAAACCGAGAGUGAACCGGCACCAGUAGAGCCUGUUAUUGUGAAGCCUCUACCUCAGUCUGGGCAUGAGGAUCCUCAACCAUCUACCUCCAGCUCUUCCUUCCACUUCUACAACAUGCCCUUAUCUACCUGCUCUGAUGUGUCUGCAAAGAAGAUCCCAGUGAGGUCUUCGGUUAUUUGUAAAGGAGAAUCAGAGAUGACUGCACCAGCAGGCAGCCCUGGGGAGCCGGUCAUGAAUCACACUCGCCUCAAGUGGACCUGCUGGUCUGAAGGAGAGCAACAGACGGAGCCAGAGGUGGAAAUGCAGAGGAAAAGAAGAAAAACUGACAAAGAUGAUCAGAAUGGGUGUGGAUCUUCUCACAGUGACUCUGCUGUUGCUGCAGCAGCUCCUCAGGUUCCUCUCAGAGGAGCAGCAGGGAAAGAGAAAACUGAGGGAGCCACGACAGACAAAAUGGAAGAAUCCCUCACAUGCAUUGUCUGCCAGGACCUGCUGCAUGACUGUGUCAGUCUUCAGCCCUGCAUGCAUACAUUUUGCGCGGCAUGUUAUUCUGGUUGGAUGGAGCGUUCCUCCCUCUGCCCAACCUGCCGAUGUCCUGUGGAAAGAAUCCGUAAAAACCACAUCCUCAACAACCUGGUGGAGGCUUACCUUCUCCAGCACCCAGAGAAGUGUCGGAGUGAAGAUGACUUGCGCAGCAUGGAUGCCCGGAACAAGAUCACGCAGGACAUGCUGCAGCCAAAGGUUGAGCGCUCCUACUCGGACGAGGAGGGCAGUUCAGACUAUCUGUUUGAACUCUCAGACAAUGACAGCGACAUUUCUGACAUGAGUCAGCCCUAUAUGAUGUGUCGGCAGUGUCCAGGUUAUCGGAAGGAGCUUAGCUCCGCCCUGUGGAUCUGUGAGCCCGCUCAAUCAGAAGGGCCAGCGAAGGUGCCUGGAGACGGGCCCUCCACGUCUUCUGACACCUCUCCAGCUCCUCAGGAGUUCAGAUGUCCUCCUCAGGGCAGUCACCUCAUCUGCUCCUGCUGCCUGCAGCCCAUGCCCGACCGACGCUUCGAGCACCUUCCCCCUCAGAUGUCCCCGCAGCACUGUAUGGUGUGCCAGAAACCUUACUGUCACGUGUACUGGGGCUGCCAGCGGAUCGGCUGUCACGGCUGCCUAGCACGUUUUAGUGAACUUAACCUUAAUGAUAAAUGUCUGGAUGGAGUUUUUAAUGGCAAUCAGUAUGAGUCUGAAGUCCUUCAGAAUUAUUUGACUUCUCAAGGAAAGACCUGGAGGCAUAUGCUGCAGGAAGCGCUUCAGGCUGUACAGCAGGGCCUGUACCAGCUCUCUGAUUACAGAAUCACUGCAAACUCUUUCCUGUGCUACUGCUGUGGACUUCGCACUUUUAGAGAGCUCGCAUAUAAAUACAGAGAGCAUAUUCCUCCAUCCGAUCUGCCAGAUUCUGUGACUGCCAGACCAAACUGUUACUGGGGACGCAACUGUCGGACUCAAGUGAAAGCACACCACGCUUUGAAAUUCAACCAUGUAUGCGAGCAGACGCGUUUUAAGAACUAAAACUGGAGGAGCAUCGCUUGAUUUGACAGCAGUGGUUUGGGAGGGUGAUUUUUAUCAGGAGCUCUUUUCUGCAAAACUGUGCUGUGGUAGUGUUAUACCUCUUCGCUCCUCUAGAUGGCAACUUUACAUAUGCAAAGUCAAUCAGAUGAUGAAAAACCAAUCAUCCUUGAGGUAUGGUGUCAGCAUAUGGAAACAUCUUUUCUGGAUCUACACUGUGUGUAGAAACAGACACUAGUUUUCCAUGAUGGACUCACCGUCACACUUUUGGUAUGCACACUUCAUUCCACUAUGCUAUUGACAUGCAUUCAUGCUGCAUCUCUGCUUAUAAUUGUGAAACGAGAACGCAGGCAAUCACCUUUUCUUGCAAAAAACUCUUUAGCUUCAACAUAUACAAUAUACAAAAUAUAUAACUAACCUUUGGUGCCUAAGAGUCGACUAUGUGUGCGCUUUCUUUAAAAUACUUCUUCCAUUGUAAUGUUCUUGCAGUGAAAAUUAACGUUCUUUCACUAUUAUCAUAAACUGCUCAAGACAUUUAAAUGCUACUGAGAAUAUUGAAAAUGUACAUUAUAUAAAAGGGAUGACCGUUCUGGGGACUCCAAUCAAGUGCACUAAACUUUCACAUGUCAGUAGCUGCAUUAUUUUUCCUCAUUACUCAGGCCUGUUCUGGCAUAUGAGGUUUUUUUUUCCCUCUGACACAAGACUAUGGGUUAUAUCGCACUGCAGGGGAUAAUCAAGUCAAUCUGAUGUAUAAAUAAAGGCUUAGAUGCUUUCGCACAUCUUGUUAUGAUUAUGGAUUUUUGCUUUUGGCUCAUGUUCAUAUGCAAACAAGGCCAGUUUUUAGCUACUCAGUGGAUGAUGCUUUUUCUUGUGUUGUCUUAAGAUAGUUAAGUUUUCUUUUACUUGUAGGUUUGGUGAUAUUAUAAGUAGACAUGUUAUGGACAUAUAAUAGCUGUUUAAAUAUUUUUAUAUUUUCUGACUAGGCUAUAGCUACAUUUCUGGAUUAGGGAAAUAGUUCCUUUUCUUAUUCCCAUCUUCCCUACGAAGUUUUAUGUCAGUUGGUGUGUAUUUUUUUUUAACACUCAGCUGAUUUUUGUUUAACUUGGUAAACCACAUUGGUUUUAGCCAUAGUUCUUCCAAAUGUUUCUCUUUCUUUCUUUCUUUUUUUUAAAUUAAUGAAAGUUUAAUGUACUGAGGAAGCCAAUGUGAUCCAUGAAACAGUUACCACAGGCAGUGUUUAAAAACAUCAAAGCCACAUGAACAUUUUUAAAGUUCAGAACAUUUUGGGAUAUAGAAACAUUAAAAUACGUGCAACUUUUUUUUUAAAUACCUGAAAGUACAGUUUACCUUGCAGAAUCCGCAAAAUGCUAAUUAUUUUUAAAAAUAGGAGGGAUCAUGCAAAAUGCAUGGUAUUUUUUUGUUUAAUACUGACCUGAAAAAUAUAUUUUACAUAAAAGAUGUUUACAUAUAGUUUAGUGAUAGUUGCUCACUGAUGCUCCAGAAGGAAACACGGUGCAUUUAGAGCUGGGGGGGGUGAAAACUUUUUACAUUUAAAGAUCAGGGUAAAUUGAACUUAUUUUGUCUUUUGAGAAACAUGCACGAAUCUUAUGUAGCUUCUGAAGAGCAGUACUAAAUGUUAAAAAAUAUGAUAUUUAGGCAAAAUAAGAAAAAUGUACACUUCUUUAUUCUGUUCAAAAGUUUUCACCCCCGUGAAUCGUGUUUUCUUCUGGAGCAUCAGUGAGUGUUUGAACCUUCUAUAUUAGUUGCAUAUGAGUCCCUCAGUUGUUCUCAGUGUGAAACGAUGGAUCUCAAAAUUAUACAGUCAUUGUUGAAAAGGGUUUAAAUACACGAAAAUGCUGAAAAACCCAAAUAAUUUGUGGGAUCUGAAGGAUUUUUCUUCAAGAACAGCAGGCAGUUUAAUUGUUCAGGACAAACAAGGGACUCAUGAACAAUUAUCACUAAAAAAAAAAAAAAAAACAGCGAUCAUUCAGGUAACAACAGUAUUAAGAAUCAAGCGUAUGUAAACUUUUAAAACUAUUACUUUCUCUUGUGGACUAUAUGUAAAUGUCUUUUGUGUGAAAUGUAUCAUUCAGGUCAGCACUAAAUAAAAAACAAACAAACAAAAAGCAUGCAUUUUGUAUGAUCCCUCUUAUUUUGGUAAAAUAAUUAACAUUUUGCAGAUUCUGCAAGGUGUACAUAAACUUUUGACUUCAACUGUAGGUACAUGCUGUAUCUCAGUUCAUUGUUUCGUAAAUAUUUCCAAAAAUCUUGCAGGGAACAUUUUACAUUACUGUUAGUUUGAACAAAAUAUUGUAGAAAAUAUUUUUCUUUUUGGCCUUGUGCAUAUUUUUGGGGUCUAUUGUUUUUAACACCACAGCAUUCUUCAGAAGCUCAGAUUAGACUUCUUACAACUAUAGAGGUCAAUCCUCUCCAUCCCUCACCAGCCUCAACUGCUCUUUAAUGAAGGUGGACAGAAGGACUCAGCACUCUAAAACCUCACACACUGACCUAAUGGCACCUGACAAACAGCCACGUUUACUGGAUUUGCUACACUUCAUUAGUGAACGUUAAGUUGUUUUACAGGAUAACGCAACCUACCGUUAUUUUAAAAGUUUGAGAAUGUUGUGAAGGUUCAUGCUUGUUGCAAGUUAAUGCUUACUUCCACCUGUUUUUUUGUUUGUUUUUUUAUUUGUGACCCUGGACCACAAAACCAGUCUUAAGUCGAUGGGGUAUAUUUGUAGCAAUAGCCAAAAAUACAUUGUAUGGGUCAAAAUUAUAGAUUUUUCUUUUAUGCCAAAAAUCAUUAGGAAAUUAAGUAAAGAUCAUGUUCUUUGAAGAUAUUUUGUAAAAUUCCUACUGUAAAUAUAUAAAAACUUAAUUUUAAAUUGGUAGUAUACAUUAAGAAUUUUAUUUGGACAACUUUAAAGGCAAAUUUCUCAAUAUUUAGAUUUUUUUGCGCCCUCAGAUUCCAGGUUUUCAAAUAGUUGUAUCUCGACCAAAUCCUAUCCUAACAAACCAUACAUCAAUGGAAAGCUUAUUUAUUCAGCAUUCAGAUUAUGUAUAAAUCUUAAUUUUGAAAAAUUGACCCUUAUGACUGGUUUUGUGAGCCAGGGUCACAUUUAUGCUUCUGGUAGAUGUUUAUAUCUAGAGCAACUUUCCCCAUAUUGUAUCUGGUUGUAAAAUAACUGGUAUGCAAAAUAUUUUUUUUUUUAUAAAAUGCACACAAAUAUCAAGAUAUGUGAAAAAGGGUUUUCUAUUAAAGUCAAAUAUCUACAUAAACAUUUAAUAGACUGAUAAAUCUUCCUUUGUGUAAACCUAAAAGUGGUUUUAGGUUAGUCGAAUGGUGUUAUGUGAGCUCCAAAGCAGGUCUCGUUCUAUGAACUGCAGAAAGAGUUGAGGGAUUUAUUCAGGAAUGGUCCUGAGUGUUCGAGACGCUUUAGAGGCUGCUUUGCAUUUAUUGAAAGGGAAAUGUACUCAGCAAAUAUUUACUUGCUUGGGAGAAUGGGAUUUUGUUUUUCUUUCAGAAAAGGGGGUUUAAUUCUACCUCAAAGUUUAAGCUGGGGCUUCAAAUGGCGAAAAAACAUUUUCCGCUCAUCAGGUUUUUUGAGUAACUAUAGGGAAGCCCGUAUAUUAGCACUGUUAAAGUUCCAUAGUUGAAUUAGCGCUUGUGUGCCUCGUUUGUAAUGCCUAGAGACUAAAACCUUGUUUAAUUUACUGCACUAAUAAUAAAAGACUACAUUAAAUUA